AUGUUGAGUGAACAAGGUCAAAUCACGCCGAUUCAGGAUCUGGCCAACUCCGGACGUUGGCUUGCGAUGAUUCCAGGCCAGAUGGCUCCAUCCUUCUUGGUUCUCGUUGUUGUUCUCAAACGGAACUUGUCAUCGAUACUGAGAGGGCACGGGUCCGGUCUUGCAGCUUUUGUUUCAGCGAUUCCACAACGUCCACUAUACGUCUUCUACGAUGUUAUCGUCAAGUUACCAGAUAUGGCCACUCAGCUACUGAAGCUUGUCGCAGAGUAUAGCCUCAAGAUCGGAGGUAUUGAGGUAGAAAUCGCAUGGACAUUCAUUGCCUCCCUCAUAUCUUUGGGUCCCAAUUUCGUCCCCCCUCACUUUUGCCGACUAACUCGUCCUUUGGCGGAGUGCCCUUCCGAAACCGCAGAACAAGGACUCCACCAACAAUGA